AGACGAAGGGAGGGUGCAUGUGGAGGGGCUGACAUGCUUAAGAUGCAGCGGAUGAAGAAAGGAGAGACAUUAAGAAAAAGGAGGAGGGAGAAACGAGGAGUCACGAUUUAAACUUCUCAGACGCGACGCAACGCUGAGACAGAGAGAGAGAGAAAAAGAGAGAGAAAGGGAGGGAGAGAGAGAGACGAGCCACUGAGACAGGAUAUCGCGAUCACUAUUCUAGCGUGACUAUGAGAAGACCAAAGAUGCACUACCGUUUUGGUGAUAUUUAGUCUAAAUCUACAAGUUACCAGUACAGAUGGGUAAUACCUACAACAAUCUACACCUGUAAGAAAGACAAACUUGACCUUUAGAGAAAAUCAGAGCAUCAAAGAUACUUUUGUCCCUCAGAAGAAGCUGGCAGGAUUUCAACACAGUUGUUCACUUUCCGACUACUCUGUAAAAAACAAAAAACAAAAAACUACAAACAAACUCAUUGCUUGCAUUUGAAUGCUCAACGGAACAACCAGGAACAAGGGAACAACAUACGCAAGAACCCCACACUGGCAGCGGCUCUCCGACAGACGUAGGAAUUUAAGAGGAGGACAUCCAAGUAAGUGAGGAGCGCUGCUGCGUAGAGGAGAGGGAACCACCAGGCGCCGUGUCUAUCGUCCUCUGCAGUGAUGAGUAUGAUGGGCACGCUGGAGAAGGGGGCCCACCACCAGACGCUGGACCUGUCUGAGGAGCUGCCCCCGCAUCAUCCCCACAACAACAGCCACCAUCAGCACCACCACCACCACCACCUCCAGCACCUCCAGCAGGCCAACUCCCUGGCCUCCACGGCCCACGCUGGGACCCCCGUGGGCGGGUCGGGCGUGGUGGUGGUGCCGCCCCCGUACUCCCUGGGCGAGGGCGGAGGUGGUGGUGGGGACGCCCCGCUGGAGCUGCGCGGGUCGCUGGACUGCUGGGCGUGCUCGGUGCUGGUGACGGCACAGAACCUGGUGAUCGCCACCAUCAACGCCUGCCUGGCCGGCGUGGUGUUCGGCAUCAUCCUCACACCGGCCAUCGCCAUGGUGGUGUUUGGGUUCCUCUGCCACUCCACGGUGCGGCCCCAUGGCACUUCGGAGUUCUGCUCGGACCUGCUGACUGACGGCGGGUGUGUGGCCCUGCUGGUGGUGGGCUUCCUGCUGGUCACCCCACUGCUGGUUCUGGCUCUGGCUGCCUACUGCCGCCUGGCCCGGCACCUCCAGCUGGGCCUCUGCUUCAUCCCCUACAGCCGGGCCGUCUACAAGAACCUGCCCGCCGCACAGCACCGCGGCCUGGGGGGAGGCUGCUGCGGACCGCGCCCCAGCAAGGCCACGGAGGGGAAGGGGAAGGUGUGGGUGUGAGGGGUGUGUUUGUGUUUGGACAGGGAGGGUGUGUGUGUGUGUGUGU